AUGGUGGGCUCGGGGGCGGCAGGGGGAGGAGGGGAUCACGCGCGGAGCAAAGAGGCCGCGGGGAUGAUGGCGCUGCACGAGGCGCUCCGCAACGUCUGCCUCAACUCGGACUGGACGUACUCCGUCUUCUGGACCAUCCGUCCUCGCCCGCGGUGCCGCGGCGGCAACGGCUGCAAGGUGGGCGACGACAACGGCAGCCUGAUGCUGAUGUGGGAGGACGGGUUCUGCCGGCCGCGGGUGGCGGAGUGCCUGGAGGACAUCGACGGCGAGGAUCCGGUGCGCAAGGCCUUCAGCAAGAUGUCCAUCCAGCUCUACAACUACGGAGAAGGGCUGAUGGGAAAGGUGGCAUCUGAUAAAUGUCACAAAUGGGUCUUCAAGGAACCUUCUGAAUGCGAGCCCAACAUCGCCAACUACUGGCAGAGCUCUUUUGACGCUCUUCCGACGGAAUGGACCGAUCAGUUUGCCUCAGGCAUCCAGACCAUAGCAGUGAUUCAAGCUGGCCAUGGCCUCCUGCAACUUGGCUCGUGCAAGAUCAUACCGGAGGACCUGCACUUCGUGCUGCGGAUGCGACACAUGUUCGAGUCGCUGGGCUACCAGUCGGGCUUCUUCCUGUCCCAGCUCUUCUCCUCCUCCCGGGGCACGUCGCCGUCGCCGUCGUCCUUCCCGCUGAAGCAGCAGCCGCCCGCGCGCGCAGUACCGCCGCAGCUCUUCAACUGGCCGGGAGGCCAGCCGCAGCAGCAGCUCCCCCACGCCGCCUCGCCGCUCUUCCCGCCUGGCCCGGCCGCGUCGUUCCACCCGUCGGCGCGCUCGCCGAUGCCGCAUUUCCCGGGCGGCGGCGCCAAGGACGAGAGCCACAUGUACCACCACCUCCCGCCGUCGUCUCACUCUCACCACGCCAACGAACACCACCACCACCACCAGCAGCAGAUGGGGGAGGCGCCCGAAGGCGACCUCAAGUGGCCCAACGGGCUGUCCUUCUUCACGGCGCUCACGGGCCGCGCGGACGACGCGAAGCUCCUGUUCGAAGGGGGAGGCGACGGGAAGCAGCAGCAGGACGCGGCGCAGACGGGGCACGGCGGCGCCGAGAACGUGGAGGAGUACCUGAGCCUGGAGAGCAACUCGAACAAGGCGAGGAGGAUGGAGAGCGCCCAGGCCCAGAGCAACAAGUUCAAGAGGAGCUUCACGUUGCCGGCGAGGAUGAGCGCGUCCACGACGUCCACGUCCCCCUCCGUGUCGGCAUCGACGGGCCCGGCACCGCCGCAGCAGCAGCAGCAAGGAAUGGAUCAGUACAGAGCAGAAGGUGGCGUCUAUUCGGACCUAAUGGAGACCUUCUUGGAGUAGCACGUACGCACGCGUGAUUGAUCGUAUUAUCAGUACUGAUCCUUAGAUGAUCAAGUACGUGCACGGCCGCCGGACUUAUUGUUGUUUUUCUUGUUUCCCACUUUUGUUUUUUCUCUCCCUCCAAGCUAUGUUUAAGCUCCUUUUAGCAUCUGGUUUGGAAUUUGCUUCUGUUUAAUUAGAUGAUCAUGUAAUGCUUCGGGGCUCGAUCUAGCUAGUCGUAGCUCGUAGUGCAGAAACUUUGAUACAUGCAUGCAUGCAUGCAAAGAUGGGCAUGAGUUUGCUUCCAUGAUGGCUGGCAAGUUAUAUGGCGCGAUGAUGGUGAUGUACAAUGAUAUGCAACACCUAAUAAUAAGCUCUUUUCCUGUCAAAA